CCACAACCAGCGCUGGCGAUGUUGACGUUCUCUUCGGGCCCCUGCGCAUGUGUGCAGUCAGUCCGUGGUAACUUCGGGUCCGGAGUCACUUCAGCUCUAUGCUUCGCGGUGGCCAUACCUUGGUGUUACAGUUUCAUAAUUGUCUCGGCCAGCAGAGGUUUAAUGAUUUCGCUCGGAGUAUGUUUUAGCCAGAUCAGUGCAUAGUCGUUGUCGCACCGAGUUGCCCCCAAAUAGGUGCUUAAGAAAUGCACUUUUAGCCGAAAGUAUCUGCGUACCCAUGUGGCAAGCUAGUGGCGAACAAGGAGAAUAUGAGCUGCCAUUAAAAGAAACCCACACCCAAGCGAAGUGUAAAUUUUAAACAUUUUUUCCAAGCUUUUCACCUGUACAGUUUAAGAAACAUGUUGCGCUACCUGCUAAUUCUUUGCGCCCUGAGAAGCGCUACCUGCGGAGAUACCGAGUUACUUACUCAAACUGUUUACGGAUUUCUGGACUUUACAACUACUAUCGGGAAUACAGUUAUGGUAUUCUCUCCCCAAAGCUCUCCAGCGUUCGAACUACAAGCCAACAACACUCACGAGAUAGUUAACAUUAUAGAAACUAAACCGAAAGUAAUUAAGAAAGAAAAGGAAAAGGUCGGAAUUAAGCCAACGCCUCUAAUUGUGACUCACUCGAAUGUAAUUGCCGAAACUAAAGCGUCGGAGAUAGAACCCUACAACAUAAGUCUCUCUAACUCGCCCAUCCAAACCCUUUUGAACACCCCCGAGUACGACUUACUGUCUCGCCAGCCCGAACAGUUUGCAGAAGAAACCUAUCGUCUGGUCAACUUUAAGUCGAAAAACGAGGCCGACCGCCAAAGGGUGUAUCCGUCCAAAAAGGAGCCUAUCCAUGGCUAUCAAACGAGGUCAAGUGAGUUCAAGAGCAUUGUAACGGCGACCAAGGAGUCGGCCAAGUUCUCAAAAGUCUCUGCGGUGCAUCCCCUGUCGAGCGCUGAGAAAAAGAGCAAGCCCCGGCAGACGCGGAUCAACAAGCCAGUUGCGUCCUCAAUCCAGCCCAGUAGAACUCUGAAGGAGUCCUCUUCUCAAACCCAGUUGUCCAGUAAGCCACCACGCAAGAGCCAGCAGAGUGGCCGGGACAACAGAGGAUCGUCGAGCUCCAGAAAGUCCUCUCGACCCAAGGGAAAAAGGAGGAAUAAGCACACCCAUAGUUCCAAACUGGUAAUAACUCCAUCCGCCACUGAAACUACCUCUCGUCAUUCGUAUCGGACGAAAGCAAAUGCAAACGCUGUACAGGAAGAACCAGUAUCGGUGGUGAGCCCCAACUCAUUUAAGCUUAACAGGCGUCCUGGAAGGUGGCAGUACAAGUCCUCACCGAAGCCCAAAGUUAACAUUAGAAAGAACGCUAGCCCCAAUCUUCCAACCACCAUCCAAAACGAUACAUUGCAAAAUGACGUGACCCCAGUGGAAAUAAUUACCAACGAGGCUGUAAAUAAUGGAAGAGAUUUGGAGGCUUCUGGCUCCCAAAAUGGGCCAGUUGCGAAUAACAACAAAGAUGAUUCCAAUUCCAAGUACUUUGUUCAAACAUUGAACGUGGAAAUUUCAACACCUCAACCUUUCAUUGACACUUAUUACGAAAUCGCAACUAUUAAAACUCCAUUUAUCUUCCAGGCCGGAGUGGUUAAGAAAACGCGUUUUUUGACCGUCACGUCAACCAUAGAGAAAGUAAUCCAAGAGGAGCACACUAAGGAGUACUCCGAGGAUGAUGGUCCUUUGACGGAAAACAUUUUGGAAGCUACUGCCAGCACUGAUGACAAAACUUUAGCGGGCAGUGUUACGACCUUGAAACCCAUCUAUCUGGGUGAAGAGGCGGAGACUCCCAGCUUGGAGACCGUAACGGAGUCCUUUUCCAUAACCCACACUAAGCUGAAAACCCAGAUCCUGCCAGUUGUAUUUGAAAAAAGGAACGAAACCAUCCAAGUUACUCUGGUUCAGACCUACGACUACACCAGUCUCAUCACAGUGACGCAGACGAUUUCGCCAUUGAGCGAAGACUUCAAUCCAUCGAAGAACUUCAAGGACUUCGAAGGAAGUUUGGACGAGGCCGGCUCCGAAAUAAACUUGGACCUUGAGUUCGGCGAUGAAGACAACACAGGCAAAUUCGACGCAAAGAUCAAACCGAAAAACAAAAUGGAGGUUAAAAGUAACGUAACCAACCCCUUAAUCCCCUUGAUCCCGGAGUCGAUCAGCUUCCCCGAAACCCUGCAAAACAACGUGAUAACUUCAACUCGUCCUGUUAUCAAGCUGGAAACCAUUUGGGAGUCGCAUGUGGUGCCCCUAGUUAGAGGAACGGAAACCAUCAUGAGAACUCUUUCGAAGUCCGUUGGCGUUGUUGAGAAAACGGAAUACGUUACCGAAGUUGCAACCAUUUCCAUGCCAACUCCGUCCUCCCAAUAUCCGUUCUCAAUUAACCCAUUUGUUCCCUUCAACCCAUUGUUGCCCCUACCCCCACAACAGCUAAUCACAUCCACCGAAAUUCAGCAAUCCAUGGUAACGGAAACGAGCUCCAAAGUUUUGAAACUGACUUUUGGCGCAAGAACCGCGUACACCACAAUAUUCUCCACUUCCGUCGUUCCAACAGCUGUUACCAGGCUCAUAACAGCCACCAUUCCCGGUCAGCCCGGCCAAUCCUUCCCUAACUACUAUCCGCCACCAUACAAUCCCUUCGCCUAUGUUGGUUAAUUCUGUAAUCCAUUAAACCCAUUUCUACUUUCUAAUUGAAAAUCCUGUAUUAUAUUUAAGUUCAUGUGCAAAUAUCGAAAGGCGGUGAUACAAAAGCAAUAGAUUUUAUUAGAUUGUAUGUGCACUUUGUCGCAAAAGUUGUUAAUGUAAAUAAUUCGAUUAAGACUAAAUUAAGAUUGCUACGAAUUUUUUGGACUAUAAGAUAAGCGAAAAAUGGUUGUAGUUUGGUUUAACGCUGUUAAUAAAUUUUGAACCCUUUAAUUCCCCGAA